UGCAGGAGCACCUCAUGCUCCUUCAAGCCAGUCAGGACCGAGAGCGCAGGAGCUUAGCCUCAAGCCUGGCACAGGCAGAGCAACUCACACAGGAACUCCAGAGGAGACUGGACAUGUCUGAGCUGGAGGUGGACAGCCUGAAUAAGACUCAGACGUGGACCAGGGACAUUGAGGAGGCUCAACAGCAGCUUCAGGAGGAGCUGGCGUGCACGGUAUCUGUGGUGCAGAAACUCCAAGACGAGAGGGAGCAUCUGGACCGGCGCUGCCAGGAGCUGCAGAGCCAGCUGGGUGAGGCGGAUGGAGAGGUGAGCCGGCUGCAGAGCCGCUUGAAGACAGACGAGACGCACUACUACAAUCUGGAGCACUCGUUCGAGAGAAUUAGCGAGGAACUGCAGCUGGCUUUAGGGAAGGAGCGGCAAAGGGAGUGUGAACUACAGGAGAUACGAGAAGGCUACGAGAGACUCCUGGACAGGAAGGAGCAAGAGCUGACUGAAGUGUUGCUGAAGAUGGAAGUCUUAGGGAACAGCCUGGAGGAGACAGAAGUGAGGCUGAAUGAGAAGUUGAAGGUAUGUACCUGUGGCUCUCCUCAGAGGAACGAUACAUCCUCAGAGCAGCAGAAUGAGAGAUCAGAUCUUCUCCCUGUAAAUGACCGCAGGCCCAACGUUGAUCAUGCAGGAGAUGACCCGGAAAGGUUUAUGUCUGUGAUCCAGGUCCUGGAAACCAAGCUUUAUUUGACAGAGGAGAAGCUAAGGGAGAUCAUGCAGAGACUGGAGGAGCACCAGAGUCACAUCGGCUGCCAGGACCCCCACCUCUGCUCUCAGCUGACUCAGAGCCGAGCCACCGCUCAGCACCUCGGUCUGCAGCUGCACAGCCAGGCCAAGCAGAGCCGGCGCUUCGCCCAGGAGACGGAGGGGCGCUGCAGGGUGCUGGGCGGCAGGUUUCAGAUCGCACUGAACAUCAUACAGGCCUGCAGAGGGAGGCUCCAAGCCGCUCCGGUUAACAUCACAGACUUCGACAAGCAACUCGCCGCAGCUGCUUCUUGCAUUCAGCAAGGAGAGAAGGAUGCUGAUAAACUGCAGCAGGAAUCACUUAACGCCUGCAAAGGAGGGGAUAAGAUCCUCAGUGAUGAGACUUUAGCUGGAGCUGAGAACAACAGUGCUACGUCUACCUCAGAGGAGGACAUAGAAACUGUUGGAAAGUGUCUAAUGAGGGAAGUACUUUUAGUAGAUGAAAUGUUGUCCGUCCUGCAGAGUCAACCUGGCGUUAUGUCUCUAACACCAAGAGAGGAGGAGGGUGAUUUGGCACACAGAGCGUUACUCGAGGAAAAUAAUCCAAAAGUUGAGCAUCAAAAGAAGAGUCUGGCAAACGUGAAUCCCCCAGAGUUGGCUCCUUAUGAGCAGCAGGUUCAGGGACAGCGAAAAGGUUCAGAAGGAGCCACAAAGCCACCUGAAAGAGAUCAAUCUGGAAGGAAGGAAGAGAAAGAACCAGAGUGGUUAGAGAGACUUAUAUCUCGGCUGCAAAGGAGAGCUAAAUUCUUACGCAAACUCUGCCAGGAAGUUUCUGACGGCGGUGGAGUAGAGCGAGGUGUGGAUGAUAACUGGGAAAAUGCUUCUGCAGCUGACCACAGGUGGAUGCAGGAGCAGGCGAAGUUGAUUUAUCUGUCAGACAGACUGCACUCGGAUUUAGAGCGGCAGCGGAGCGAGGUGUUACAGGACAAACGGCAAGCUCUGUGCCAAGAGCAGGACAGCACAUUAAAGGAUGAGCAGGAGGCUUUUCCUCACACCUUAUGUCAGCUUCAGGAGGACAACAGCGCAUUAAGAGAAACACUGGAGCGUGCUGAGCAAAAGAUCAUAUUUAUUGAGACUGGGAACCGGAGGCUGCUGGAAGACAUCGAGAAAAUCGAGGAAUAUCACGAGGAAAGGAUGGCAAAUCUGGAAAGUGGGUUUCAAGAGAAGAUCGGGGAGCUGCAACACAUCCAUGAAGAGGAGAUGCAGAACUUGCAUGGCUACUACAUCAAGUCCUCCAAAGAGAAACAGAGCAAACUCUGCACAGAGUCAGAAGAGGCUUACCUGAAAGAAACACACGAGGCAACCUGUGAUCAGGGCUUCGCUGCUAUGGAGGAGAUGCACCGGCAGCUGAUCUCAGACCUGCAGAAGCAGCAUCAGACGGAGAUGGCAGCGCUGCUGAAGCAGAAAGACAAGCUGCUGCAGGAAGAGACCGCCGCCACCAUGGCAGCUAUUGUAGCGAUGAGAAGAGCCCAUAAAGUGGAGCUGGAGAAAAGCCGGCAGUCUCAGCACAUCAAGGAGAGCGCUGACAUCACUCAACUGCAAAAUGAAUAUGAAAAGGAGUUUCAGUUGAUGCAUAAGGAGCUCGAGGUGUUGUCGGGGCAGCACACUCAGAAAUGUCUGGAACACUCCCAGCUGAGCCAGGAGCUGCAGGAGGAGAGGCAGUCCUCCAUUCAGUACCAGAAACAAAACAAGGAGCUCAAAAAGAAACAGAGGGAGACAGAUGAAAUGUCUCAGCUACAUUUCUCACUGAAUGGGAAACAGUCCCAGGUCGGCCCUCAAGUCAACGACUUCUAUGAAAUGGAGGUGAUCCUGAGGGCGAGGGAGGCAGAAAUGCAGUUUCUCAGACAGGAAGCUCGUUCUCUUAAGGAAGAGUUGAAGCUCGCUCGAAUGGACAAAAUAUACGCCCAGAACAAGCUCAAGGCCCUCCAUACGACCAGCCUGGAUGAACCACACCAAGAUGUCACUUGGUCGAACCGAGACGCUUCAGGACAGAGCCUCAAGGAAGUGUGCAAAAAGAAGUGGAAGACACUGAGGUACAGGAAGGAGAAACGGAAUGAGAAGGAGACAAAAAGAAGCGGUGCAGGGUCUUCAGGGGGAUAUAAGCCCUGGGCUAACAGCCAGCAAGCAGAGGCAGGGGAGACAGGACAGGAGGAGGCGAGUGUUGCGUUCCGGAGGAAAAGGGCAAGGGAGAUGUCCUCCUUUGAGCAAAGUUUGCUGUCUGCCGUCGGUCCUAUUCUGGCCAUGCCACCACCACCACCACCACCCCCACCAGUGGUGGUGGAGGAGGAGGAGGACCUGUUGUUCUUCAGGAGUCUCUUGCCCACCAUGAGACUGAUGUCGAGAGCGAAGAGGCUGCGAGUCAGAUUUGCCAUCCACAAGGUGGUUUUAGAGGCAGACCAGGAGGACAAUUAAUUACUGAUACUGAUACUGAUCCACAUUACAUCUUUUUACACUCAUCACACACUUCACUCACAACAUUACAUAAAUAAAAGUUAUUUAAAGUAUGUUAUGGCUAUACUGUGUCUUGACUUGUUCAUGUGGUUUGUCAGUUGCAACAUACCAGAAGCUUCAUGUAUGUCGAUAUAUAAUGUGCGGUCUUCUGUAAUUGUUCAGGUGAAAACCUGUUGUAAUUAUGAGUGGUUUAUCACUAAAAACAGGACUGAAGGAAAAAGGUUGUUAGUCAUAUCAUAAUAUCAAUUCAAGAAACAUGUUUAUUAGGAAUGUUUGAUUUU